CUUAACCGUCACUAAGUUGGUGGAACAACACUCCACGAGCACAUAAGCCACAAACAUUAUUAUUCUAGAUUACGACCCUCACACACACAGCGCACCAUCAUCGCCUUGCUUCGCAUUCACCGAACGAAAAUGCCAGGCCUCACAGCACCCGCCGAUUACUCCCAAGAGCCUCCGCGCCACCCUUCUCUUCUGAUCAACGCCAAGGAGCCUUUCAACGCGGAGCCACCGCGCGCGGCGUUGGCGGCGUCGUACGUGACGCCUUCCGAUUUCUUUUACAAGAGGAAUCACGGUCCGAUUCCCGUCGUCGAGGACGUGAACAGAUACUCCGUGUUCGUCUCCGGUUUGGUGGAGCGUCCCAAACAGCUCUUUAUGAAGGAUAUCUGGAAGCUUCCAAAGUAUAAUGUGACCGCCACGUUGCAGUGUGCAGGUAAUCGAAGGACUGCUAUGAGCAAGACUAGAACAGUGAAGGGAGUUGGCUGGGAUGUUUCUGCUAUUGGAAAUGCUGUUUGGGGUGGUGCCAAAUUGUCUGAUGUUCUUGAACUCGUUGGAAUUCCAAAGUUGACUAGUGUCACUCAAUUUGGUGGAAGACAUGUUGAGUUUGUAAGCGUUGACAAGUGCAAGGAGGAAAAUGGAGGCCCAUACAAAGCUUCAAUACCACUCAGUCAGGCCACAAAUCCUGAAGCAGAUGUUCUGCUAGCUUAUGAAAUGAAUGGUGAACCUCUUAACAGGGAUCAUGGGUUUCCAUUGCGAGUGGUUGUUCCUGGUGUCAUUGGAGCACGGUCUGUUAAAUGGCUGGAAAAUAUCAAUAUCAUUGAAGAAGAGUGCCAGGGUUUCUUCAUGCAAAGGGACUACAAAAUGUUUCCGUCAUCGGUGAAUUGGGAUAAUAUUAAUUGGUCAACCAGGAGACCACAAAUGGAUUUCCCAGUUCAGUGUGUUAUAUGCUCUCUAGAAGAUGUGAGCACAAUAAAGCCUGGGAAGGUAAAAAUUAGCGGUUAUGCUGCAUCAGGAGGUGGUAGAGGCAUUGAGAGAGUAGAUGUGUCUGUUGAUGGAGGUAAAACAUGGAUGGAAGCCUCAAGAUUUCAGAAAAGUGGUGUUCCCUAUAUAGCAGAUGAUGCCAGCAGUGACAAAUGGGCAUGGGUGCUGUUCGAGGUCACAGCUGAUAUUCUUCACAGCACCGAGAUUAUUGCAAAAGCGGUAGAUUCUGCUGCAAAUGUCCAACCUGAAAAAGUUGAGGACAUUUGGAACCUCAGAGGGAUAUUAAACACUUCAUGGCAUCGGGUAAAAGUUCAAGCCACUCACUCCAACCUGUAAAAGUAGCAACAACUUUCCAAUUGAGCCUGCUUGACCCAUCCCCACCCCAACUUUAUGCUUUGGUGGAUUUUGAAAAUCUUUCUGAACAGUGAACACUGAAAAUACUGAACAGGCAUCGCGGUAAGCUGUACAAUAAUAUAUUUAUAGAAAUGUAGGUAAGGGGUUAUAAGUAAUCACCUUACUCAAGUAUCGCAUGGAACUUUGUUUCUUCAAGGACAUCAUUUGAGAUCAUAAACAUAACGUGAGGUGUGUAACA